AUAAAAAUCAUUGCCAGUGUUAUCAGUUGCAAGUGUGUAUGUGUUGUCAUAAUGACAACAUAAUACAUUUCACAGUAAUUAUAAUAAAAAAUAAAAAAUAUUUCUAUUAUGAUUCGUCAUCACGCUCGUGAUGCAAAAAGCAGACGGCGCUGCGCCAGAGUCCUGCAAAAACAGCGAUUCCGGGUGGUAUUUUUUCAACAAAAACGUUUCGGGAUUAUGAAACCAAAUAAAUGCACGAUUGUUGCAUAACAAUAUGAUAACGUUCCGUUUUUAAUAACUCACGUUUUUGGGAGGGGCGGAUGACCAUCUAAUUAUUAAUAUAUAUGUGUCUACAUACUGUACGUGAAUAUAAUUAAAUGGAAUGAACGGCAUAAUUUAUGCCUGGCCUGGUGGCGCUCUUUCAGCAUCUGGACAGCUCCUCAAACUUUGAUGUGAUGACAGUGUCAAUGUCACUGACACACCCCCAGCUCGCGAUCCCGCCGCGUUCUUUGCACGACUUCUUUUCUAAAAAGAAUUUAAUUCAGAAGAAGAAAGAGGCUAGCAGCACCGAAGCAGCUACAAGUGAAGCUGCUACUACAUCACCAGAAGAGCCGCCUGAAGACGUGGAUAAUGCUAGCAACGUUAACUGCGCUAGCAACGUUCCCCUGGCUAGCUCUAGCUCAAGCUCACCUUUCCCAGAUAUAUGGACGGAGGAGAUGUGGCGGAGGAAAGAAGACGCAUACCCAUGGAUAGAUUGCAAAGCUGGAAAACUGGGCUGCAAAGUGUGUACAUCAAUUUCGGAUUUAUCCGUUUUCAAAACACAAGGAUCAAGAUUGGCGGAUGAAUGGCGUUCCUACACCGUCACUUACAGUGGAAAAGACAAGAGCGGAAUGUUAACGUCCCUCAGAAAAAAAAUCAUCAAACACAAAGAAUCAAAUGGACACACCACUGCGCAGCGGAUUCAAGAGAACGCCAAAAAGGAGACACUUGAGAAGGUCUGUGACAACAUGAAUGCAUCAAAGCUGAAAGCUACAUGUGCUGUAUUCCGGUCUGCUUAUUACUUGGCACAGAACGACAGACCAUUUUUGGACAACUAUGGUUUACUGGAGUUGCAACACGAAAAUGGGGUUGACAUAGGCAUCGGUUUGCACUCCAGGUACAGUGCAUCACAGAUAGUGGACCAUAUAAGUUCAGAGAUGCGUAAAAAAGCAUGCCAAAGAAUCCAAGCUAUCGAAGGUAAAGUUUCGAUUCUUAUAGAUGAGUCAACGAGUCUGGGAUGCAAAACGACCUUGAUUGUCUACCUCAAAUGUGAAACGGACAAGAGCUGUGAACCACAUUUUAUGUUUCUGGAUUUGAUCGAACUUCCAGACCAGAGAGCCGACACAAUCAUGCAGCACUUGCUGAAAUGCCUCCAAGGACAUGGCUUCGAUGACGCUUACUUGAAGAAGCAUUUAAUUUCAUUUGCAAGUGAUGGAGCGAGCGUGAUGUUGGGACGGAAAGCAGGUGUAGCCAAACAGCUUUCGGAACUGUACCCCAAUAUAAUCACCUGGCAUUGCCUGAACCAUCGUUUAGAGCUGGCUGUGGGGGACACGGUGUCUGACGUGAGUGGUGUGAAUCAUUUCCAGGCAUUUAUGGACAAGUUAUACACUUUGUACAGCAGAUCACCCCUAAACCAGAGAGAGCUGGCUGAGUGUGCUGCUGAUUUGCAUAAACAAAUAGGAAAAAUAGGCCGUGUGUUGAGCACGAGAUGGGUGGCCAGCUCCUAUCGCACAGUAUCCGCUGUUUGGAAUAACUUCGAGUCACUAUGUGCACACUUUAGCUUUGCGAAGACAGAUGAGAAACGAUCAGCAAACGAUCGAAAGCUGUAUGAAGGUCUGUUAAAGCGGCUGACUUCAAAGCAGUUCCUUUUAGAUUUAGCGCUCAUGUGUGAUACACUGAAUGAGUUAGCCCUGUUGUCAGAAUGUUUGCAAAAGCGCACGACAUCAGUAGCCUACGCCGACAAACUGAUCCACCGGAGCAUUCGUUUUAUCAAUGGACUGGGGGAGCGACCUGGGACCAAGGUCCUUGCAGCUGAAAAUGCCAUAUCAGAAGGCAGAUUGGGCACAGUUGUGCUCACAGACAACUCCGAAAUCGUCACCAUCAAUCGUCAACAAUUUCUCCGGAGUCUAAGCAACAACCUUAGCCAUAGAAUGUUCACUACUGCAUCAUCUCGUGGAGCAGCCUCGCAGGCCCAGUCGGACACAGACUAUGUUCACUUGCUCGCUCAACUGAAAGUCCUGGAACGCGACAACUGGCCACCAGCUCAGACCAUGCCGCCUGGCUACGGAGAGGUGCAAGUGAGUGAACUGUGCCAACGAUUCAGGCUGCCGACUGUAAGUGCAAUAAAUGCAUUCCGAGACUUUGUGGAGAGCACUGUAGACGAUGCUACACCUGCCGAGCUCAGGCCCUUGAUGAACUGCACUAGACUGAUACCAUGCAGCACGGCAGAAUGUGAAAGGGGAUUCAGCCAGAUGAAUCUGAUCAUCACCCCAACAGGUUGCUGGUUGAACGGGUAUCCACCUUGAUGUUCAUAAAGCUACAUGGUCCACCUCUGACCCAGUGGGAUCCGACAGGAUAUGUAACAACUUGGCUGAGACGACAUCGCUCAGCUGAAGACAAGAGGUCACGACAGGCUGCAGCCGAAUCUGGCAAGGAUCCAGACCCACUGUGGCGUUUCCUCUGAAUGAUUUCAACGAACGGGGAACAUUAUCUGAAGAUGUUUGUCAGAACAAACGAGCUCCACAUGGCAUCUGGAUCCAAUCUGAAUCAAACUGUGUUUGUUGGCGCGCCGAGAGGGAAUCAAACCGCCGGGCUGAUUGAUUAUUAAUAGACCCGCUCAUCUGGUUCCUGCUGGACCCAGCAGGGCCCAGCAGGAACCAGAUGAGCCCAGCAGG